GCUUGACAGGUGGGGCUGGUUGAGACCUGAUGGGCCCACCCGGCCCCGCAGCCUCCCUGUAAUUGGGAGAAUAUGGGACAAGGAGCUGGAUGAGAUGAAGAGAUCGGGGUCCCACUGCCUGCAGGACAUUGAGGUGGAUGACACCAAUGUGCUCUUGUGGAAGGGGCUCCUGGUGCCGGACAGCCCUCCCUACAACAAAGGCGCGUUCCGGAUCGAGAUCAGCUUCCCCCCUGAGUACCCCUUCAAGCCCCCCAAGAUCACCUUCAAGACCAAGAUCUACCAUCCCAACGUGGAUGAGAAGGGCCAGGUCUGCCUGCCCAUCAUCAGCGCUGAGAACUGGAAGCCCGCCACCAAGACAGACCAAGUGAUCCAGGCCCUGAUCUCUCUGGUGAACAAGCCUGAACCAGACCACCCACUGCGCGCUGACCUGGCCGACGAGUUCACCCAGGACCCCAAGCGCUUCAUGCGCAAUGCUGAGGACCACACUCGCAAGUUCAGUGAGAAGAGACCAGGCGAAUGACACCCCUCUCUACCGCCUCCCGCCAUCCUGCUCUGCUCCCUCCUGCCUAUGCCUACUCCCUCUUGGGCAGGGGCAGGACACCUCCACAUAUGCACUGAGACAGAUGGCAGGAUGCACUCUCUGGAGCUUUGCAGCAUGUCCCUUGCCUUUGACUGGAGGGAAGGGCUGCCCAUGCCUCGACUUCACUGCAGACCCUAUGCCUGGAGAGGAGCCGGGGCCCUACCCCAUGGUGCCCCUCUCCCUGCACCAGUUGACUGUCUGUCCCCUCUUUGCUGAGGACUCCUCUCUUCUUCCCCAGCUCUGAUGGGGACACUGGGGCCUCCCUUCUGGCACCAGAACUUUAAGCCACGAAUCCUCUUUUCCAUGUUGAUUGUUUAGGGUUUAUAUGUGUGGGGCUUUGUGUUUGUCUGUCUGUCUGCUUGGCACUUUAAGAUCUGAGCUGCAGAAAUCUGGGGGUGGUGGAGCAGGCAGCUUUCAUGGCUCAGACUGGCCUCAUAAUUGAGACCUGACAAGACAGGAAGCAAGGAGAACCUGGAGGGACCCACAGCAGGAAGUGACCUUGGGGAGACCUGGGGACUGGGCUCUGAGGAAGGUGGUAUGAAGAGACUGAGGUCAGGCCAGCUGUGCCCACUCUGACAAGGAGAGCAGUGCUGAGCUGGGGAGUUUGGUGGAAGACCUCCAUCUUUUUUUAAACUCUCCUUUUCCUGUAUGGGGUGGGUUUUCCUCAUUGUGAGCACAUGUUAAGUAGCUGUUUAUUUUUGCCAAUAAAAGCAGACCAUGAUCUCCGAGUUCCA